AUGGAAUUGUAUGAAAAUGAAUCAUUCCCGAUGCUGAUUGCGCAUAAUGACAACGUGGUGUACUGUCUAGACAGUAUUUUUACACCUGACCAGGUGGAUUACCGUUUAUAUGGCAAUUUGCCUAUUUCAAUAUUUGGUAUUCUUAUUAAUUUAAUUAAUAUACUUGUCUUUUCACAUGCUGAUAUGCGACGAAGUUUGGUGAAUUUAUUUCUGCUUACAAUUGGUAUUACUGAUUUACUGUUUAGUUAUCCGUUGGCGAGGAUCGCACAAACAUGCGGUGUCUAUUUGACCUUAUUUGUAUCGGUACAUCGUUAUCUCGGUGUUUGUCAUCCAUUUCAAGCAAAACGAUGGAUUACAGGGAAACCUGUAAAAUGCGCUAUUUUUGGUUCCGUUGUAUUUUCGUUUCUCAUUAAUGUGACAACAUGGCUUGAACUUACUGUUGUUCCAUGUUAUAGCAAAGAAUUUCAUCGAUUCUCAAGGCAUAUUCAACUUACCGAAUUACAAAUGGAUUAUACAUACGGUAUUGUUAUGAAAGUCAUUACUUAUACAUUGAUUAUGUUCAUUUUUCCAUUUCUUAUUCUAAUUAUUGUCAACACACGCAUCGUUCUUGCUUUGAGACGUAGUACAAAUAUGCGAACUUUACAUACCAGUCGAAAAUCACUUUUAUCCAAGACAAAUAGCAGCUUUCGCCCGACAGUGCCAAGAGCGGCUAAACCAGUAAUGAAUUUUAAUUCAUCAGCUCGUGACCGCUCAGUGACAUUGAUGCUUUUGGCUAUUGUUGCUAUGUUUCUGACUUGUAAUGGCUUAGCAUUUUGCAACAAUAUCAUCGAAAUUUUGAUAUUUGUGGAUAAGAUCGAUAGCAGUGAAAAUGACAGUGCAUUUGAAAAAAGUGUCGAAAUUGCCAACAUUUUAGUUUCCUUGAAUUCAUCGACAUCCAUUUUCAUCUACCUCAGCUUCAGCUCUAAAUAUCGUGUCAUUGUGAAGGAAUAUCUUGGUCUAAAAAAUGCUGAUAAAGCACACAGUGGAACGCUAACAGCGGCAGCUAUCGCAGCACGACAUACAUUCGAAUAUCCGUUUGUUAUGAGGAAUGAGAUAUCCCCGAGGGGAUAUUUGUGGAAUUUGGCAGGACCUCGUAUAUGUGCCCUAUUUCGCUGUACUUCUUUCGCACAAGCAGUUGGUAAAAAUAAUGCUAGCUGA